CUAGCGGCGGUCUCCCUGCCUCGUCUCCCACUCGCCCCAGCGCGCGCUGACUCCCCGCCGUCUCGCGAGGGCCGCGACCCCAUCGCCGCCGGCUCCCGUCGGGAACCCUAGAUGCGCGGUGGGGGCGGCGCCGCGCGCCGUGAGCCGUGAGCGGUGCCCGCAGCGAUGGCGGGAGCCCGCCGCGCCGCCGCUGCAGUGGCCGUGUUUGCGGCGGCGGCGACGGCGCUGCUGGUGGUGGCGGCCGGCGCCGACGCUUCGGGGGACUCGCUCGCCGACCUCGGCGGCGCGGCGAGGGAGAUCGAGAGCGCGCCAGAGGUGAAGAACUUGGGGCCAUGGGCAAAGGGGCUGCUGAAAGGGACGCCGGCCGCAGCGGCGGGGCCAGCAGCUAUGGCCCCUAGCGCGAAGUAUCCGCUGGUUCUGGCAGAGGACAGGACGCGGCGGCCGGACGUUCUCCGCCAUCUCCGAGUGUAUGAAGGAGGGUGGAAUGUCACCAACAAGCACUACUGGGCGUCUGUUUCAUUCACAGGAGUUUCUGGAUUUCUUCUUGCUGCCUUGUGGUUCAUCUUUUCUGGGAUGGCCGCGGUUGGACGAUGCUAUUUUGGAUCAAGAAUGGCCAAAAGAAAGGUUUCUCGUGCAGAUAUAGUACAACCUGUGUUACUCGUGGUCUUUGCUCUUACUUUAAUAGCUGGGUGCAUUGUCCUUCUGUAUGGGCAGAGUAAAUUCCAUGAAGAAGCUACACGGACUGUGGAUUUUGUUGUAAAUCAAUCUGAUUUCACCAUUCAAUCCCUAAGGAAUGUUACAGAAUACUUGUCAUUUGCACAGACAAUCACUGUGGCAGCACUGUAUCUUCCAUCAGACAUUCAAGGUCAAAUUGACAAUUUAAAGGGGGACUUAAAUAAAGCAGCUGAUACCAUAUCUCAGAAGACAGCAGAAAAUUACAAAAGGAUAAGAAAAGUUCUCCAUAUCAUGUCUGUUGUAUUGAUUUGCAUAGCUGCGCUGUUACCAGUUCUUGCAUUCCUUGGAUAUGUUUUAGAGCUAUAUGGACCAAGAUAUGCAGUUUACAUAUUUGUUACCUUAUGCUGCAAAAUGGUGGCGGCUCUGUUCAUUCUUCUAGGAAUUUUCCUGAUACUAAACAGUGCUGCAAAGGAUACCUGUGAAGCAAUGGACCAAUGGGCACAACACCCUCAAGCAGAGACAGCUCUCAGCAACAUCCUUCCAUGUGUGGAUGAAAGUACAACAAAUCGUACCUUGUACCAGAGCAAAGAAGUCGUGGUGAUGCUUGUGAGGAUAGUUAAUAGGGCUAUAUCUGCUCUUUCAAACCGAAGACCACAUCAUAAGCAUCCUGGGCAAUUGAUGCCUUACUUAUGUUCUCCAUAUGAUUCAAACUUCAAUGAUCGUCCCUGCAAGUCCAGGGAGGUCACGUUUGAAAACGCAACAACAGCCUGGCAGAAUUACACAUGCUUGACCCAAGACACCGACCUGUGCUCAGGCAACAAAACCCUGACUCCUGAAAUCUACGGACAACUUGUCUUAGCUGCAAAUGUAAGCUAUGCGCUCUACUACUACGCUCCGGUCCUGCUCAGUUUCCAGGACUGCAAGUUUGUCCGCGCUACCUUCAGCGCCAUCGCCUCGCAGUACUGCCCUCCUGUGGAGCGCGACCUCGGGUUAGUCUCCGCAGGCCUGGUGCUCAUCGCCUCAGGCCUCAUUCUCUACCUCGUCUGGAUGCUCUUUGCGGACCGCCCCCAAAGGGAGGAGGUGUCUGACCUGGCUUCAGUGUCGAGGAUCACACCAGUAGACAGCUCUCCAUUACCAUAAGUGGGUGAGCGCGCUUACGAUGCCCAUGGUAAACCAAGAUUUAGUACAGUUCCAUGGCUAUGGCUAUGUAAAAUAGUAUCGGUAUAGUGGGUUCUGGAGAUAGUUAGGAGGAGGAGACGGAAGCACUGCGGGGCAAAGCCCCAUUUUGCAGUGGAGAGUUUAGGUCGAAUGCGGGCUUCCUUAUGUUGUAUGUUGAAUUGCUGAUGCCAUGGCUUAUGAUAUAUCAGUGUAAGAAGUAAGCACGAUGGGAGCGAGCCCCCUAUCACGCGGCUAAUGAGAAGAGUUCACUUUAAGUUGUUCUGGAUGUUCAGCUGGA